AUACGCAAUGAACACGCCAUAAACUGGACUGAACGACGUUUAUUUUGCGCAAAGUCUUGGAAGAUGUCCGCGAGUAUAACAAGCAAGCGCUGAUACAACGAAAGCUGCAACCAUGGAUUUCUCCAUGGCUUUAGCGGAUGCAUGGCGGGACCCAUACGUGAAGGCCCUGCCCGAGGCCCACCCGCUGGUAUGGAGCCUCAAAGCCGGGAAGAGCGGGCAGGCCGAUGUGCCGCAGGGUGGCACUGACCCCUACACGGCGACGCUGCCGGAGGUGCUGGACAAUUUCGCGCGUCGCCAUGAGGCGAAGAUGGCGGCGGAGAUCACGUCCCAGCGGCGGAAGCUGCCGCCGGUGCUGAACGACCGAUCGCUCUUCACUCGCGCGGCGCCGUUCGGCAACAAAGACGACCCCUUUUACCACUCCCCCUCCAACCGCAUCGGCAACAACUUCUCUCCGGAGUCCAUGCGCGCCGCGGCCAUCCUGUUUGAGGAGUUCCCGCAGGACCCCAACGCGCCUCGCACGCGCGGGAAGGCUGCCGGCGCGGCGCUGACAGACGUGCGCGCCUCCUUCUCAAGCAGCCGCCCCCUCAGCCCGCGCACCACGCUACCGCCGCUCAACGGCGGCGGCGCCAACGGCGGCGCCGCCGCCAACGGCGCAGCGGCGGCGGCGGCGGCGGCCACGGCGCGCAACGGCUCGCCUACGCGGCAGCCGGCGGCCAAGCGCCCCGCGGACGAGCUGGCGGCGGGCGACGGUGGGGAGCGGGCGGCCAAAGCGGCGCGAGCGGCUCUGGCUGACGUGCCUGUUGACGCGCUGCUGGACGCCAUCCUGCGCUACCACUGGUAUGUGGAGGCGGGCGUGGACGGGCGGCAUGUGGCGCCCUUCCGCGAGGAGUGGGCCGGCAACGCGCUGGGCAUGGUGCCGCCCGCGCCGCCCGCGGGCGUGACGCAGGCCUACUACGACGCGCUGCUGCGCUCCAGCCUGGAGGAGAUGCACGCCGAGUACGUGGGCGCCAUGCGGCGCUGCAUGGUCGACUACGUCGUCCGCUCGCCCGUGGAGCGACAGCGCCUGGCGCUCACCCCCCUCGAGCCGCUGCUCGCGCUGCCCGGCCCCACGCAGCGCUCCUGGCGAGCUGUGGUGGAUCGUACCCUGUCGCCGGGCUGGCACGCGGACGUGGACACGGCCCGGGAGGAGGUGGCGUGGACGCUGCAGACGCUGAGCGCCAACGCGCUGGAGCUGUCCAAGCUGUGGCACGCCUCGCGCUUUAGCUCGGCGCUGCUGGUCGACGUGUCCAGCUCCGACUUCGCGGCGCGACUGCCGCUGUACGCCGACGCCUUUUACCAGCAGCAGACCGAAGUCAUGGAGCUGGUGAAAGGGCAACUGUGGUCCAGCUGGGCCCCGAAAUCGCUCGAGGUGUUUAACCGGCUGCCGCCGGUCUACAUCAACGGCGACGCCGACGCCUACUAUAGGUCCAUUGCCACGCUGCAGAGCAACCAGCUGCGCGGCCUGGUGGCGCGAAGCCUGGAGAGCUACGUGUCGCUGUUCGCGGCGCACCCGCCCCGGCAGGAGGUGGACCCGCAGGGGGAUACGCUGCUGUGGUCGGCGCCGCCCGUGUUCGUGCUGGACCUGGUGGAGCUGGAGGGCAAGCCCGCCUUCAAGCCCACCUUCCAGGAGUGUGAGGACGCCGUGCGCGCGGUGCUCGACAACGCCGUGCUUGCCGUGUGCGGCCUGCCGCGAGUGGGAUCCAACACCGUAGGUUCCACCAGCUUCACGCCGCCCGCGCCCGGCGCCGCCGUGCCGCCCAGCGCCGCCACCAUCCCCGUGACCAGCCUGCAGGAGGAGAGCGUGGUCGCCGCCAAGAAGUCCGUGCUCCACACGAUGGAGCGCAACUCGGUGGCGCCCAAGCGCCUGGCGGCCCUGUUUGACGAGUGGAUGUGGCUGAUCGGCGAGGAGGCCGCCGCCGCCGCCCGCGCCUUCUCCGAGCGACAGCCCGAGCCCAGCCUGUCCGAGCUGCAGGCGGAGAUCGAGCGCCUGCGCGCCGCGGCGGCGGCGGUGCGGGUCGUGUGCACCGACGACGUUCGGACGGGCAUCUACACGGUGCGCUGCGGCGCCUUCAAGGAGCUGCUGGCGAGCAGUGCCGAGCAGCUGGCGGCGGCGCUGCUGGACCACCUGCGGCACACCGUGCGCGGCAGCAACAUGCGCAUCAACGAGGAGUACCAGAUCAUGACGGGCGAGGUGGGCAAGCCCAGCACCACUGCGGAGGAGCUGUUGGCGCUGAAGAAGUACAUCGCCAAGAGCGCGCAGGACCAGGAGCGGCUGCGCGAGGCCAUCGCGCGCAACAAGGAGAAGGACGACUUCCUGCUGCUGCACAGGCUGCCCAUCCCCGACGACGAUCUGGAUGUGGCCAUCAAGGCCUACGAGUGGCCGCGCAAGAUGGUGGAGGUGAUGCGUGACGCCAACGCCAAGGUGGCAUCUGAGCACAAGGACUUUGAGGCGCAGCUCAAGGCGCGGCGCAAGGACUUUGGCGAGCUGCUGGAGGCGUAUGGCCGCGAGGUGGAGGGCUACGCGCACAAGAACGAAAUCGUGAAGCGCGACCAGAUCGCGUCAGAGGUGGCGGAGCUGGCUGAGAAGCUCAAGGCGGCCCAGGCGGAGGCGGACCUCAUCAACGGCCGCGAGCGGUUGUUCGGUUGGGCUGCCACAAAGUACGGCGGCAUCGCCAAGCUGACGUCCACACUGGAGCCGUACGUCAUCCUGUGGACCACCGUGUCGCAGUUCUACGACAAGUUUGCGUCCUGGAUGAACGGCCCCUUCUACAAGCUCAACCCAGAGGAGGUGGAGGCAGACACCAACGACGCCUUCAGGCGGCUGUACAAGCUGACCAAGGUGUUCAGCGGCAGCGGCGGCGCCACCGAGCUGCGCGAGGCGCCGCUGGCGGUGGCGGAGGAGGCCAAGGGCCGCGUGCAGUCCUUCCAGGAGCACCUGCCGCUCAUCACCGCCAUCUGCAACCCCGGCCUGCGGGAGCGGCACUGGACCAUGCUUGCAGACAUUGUGGGUUUCGAGAUCAAACGCGACGAGGUGACCAGCCUCAAGCGGCUGUUGGACUACGACAUCGCGAUGCACAUCAGCAAGAUCACGGACAUAUCCGACAGCGCCAGCAGGGAGUGGAGCAUCGAGAAGGCGCUGGACAAGAUGAUUAGCGACUGGCAGGGCCUGUCCUUCGAGCUGGGGCCCUGGAAGGAGACGGGCACGUUCAUCCUCAAGGGCGGCCCGGUGGACGAGGCUCUUGGCCUGCUGGACGACCACAUCGUCAAGAGCCAGGCCAUGACAGCAUCACCCUUCGCCAAGCCCUUCAUCGACCGCCUGCAGCCCUGGGAGCGCAAGCUGGUCCGAUUCCAGGACAUCCUGGACCAGUGGCUCAAGUGCCAGGGCAAGUGGCAGUACCUGGAGCCCAUCUUUGGCGCGGAAGAGAUCAUGAAGCAGAUCCCGCGCGAGGGCCAGGCGUUCCGCGAUAUGGACGCCAUCUGGCGCCGCAUCAUGAACACGGUCCGCGCCCAGCCGCUGAUGAUGGAGGUGGCGGACGUGCCCGGGCUGCUUGAGGACCUGGUGGCCUGCAACCAGAGCCUGGACGUGGUGGAGAAGGGCCUGAAUGACUUUUUGGACACCAAGAAAAUGGCCUUCCCGCGCUUCUUCUUCCUGUCCAACGACGAAGUUCUCGAGAUCCUGUCGGAGGCCAAGGACCCGCUAAAGGUGCAGCCGUUCGUGAAGAAGUGCUUCGAGGCGGUCAAGGAGUUCACCUUCGAGAAGAGCGGCGAGAUCAGCGGCAUGCUGUCGGUGGAGGGCGAGAAGAUCCAGUGGAUUGAGACCGUCAACCCGGCCGCCACCGGCGCGGUGGAGAAGUGGCUGCUGGACAGCGAGUCGGCCAUCCGCCGCACGCUGCACAAGGUGGCGGGCGACGCGCUGGAGGGCUACGCCAAGACGGAGCGCAGCCGCUGGAUCCUGGAGUGGCCGGGGCAGAUGGUGCUCAACUGCAGCCAGGUGUACUGGACGCGCGAGGUCACGGAGGCCAUCACCACGGGCGGCAGCCGGGGGCUGGCGGCGUACGCCGACCGCUGCACCCUGGAGCUCAACAAGAUCGUCAACCUGGUCCGGGGCCAGCUGGCCUCUCUGGAGCGCGCCACGUGCGGCUCGCUGGUGGUGAUUGACGUGCACGCGCGCGACGUGGUGGCGGCCAUGGCGCGGGAGGGCGUGGAGGACGCGCGUGACUUCAAGUGGGAGAGCCAGAUGCGCUACUACUGGGAGUUCAAUGAGCAGCCGCCCUCGGGCGUGCACCCGCAGGAGACGCUGAUGGUGCGCAUGAUCAACGCCGAGGCGCUGUACGGUUACGAGUACCUAGGCAACAGCGGCCGCCUGGUCAUCACGCCGCUCACAGACAGGUGCUACCGCACGCUCAUGGGCGCCAUCCACAUGAACCUGGGCGGCGCGCCUGCAGGCCCCGCCGGCACCGGCAAGACCGAGACCACCAAGGACCUGUCCAAGGCGCUGGCCAUCCAGUGCGUGGUGUUCAACUGCUCCGACGGACUGGACUACAAGGCGAUGGGCCGCUUCUUCAAGGGCCUGGCCUGCAGCGGCGCCUGGGCCUGCUUCGACGAGUUCAACCGCAUCGAGCUGGAGGUGCUGUCGGUGGUGGCGCAGCAGGUGCUGACCAUCAUCCGCGCCAAGGCGCUCAAGGUGAAGACGUUCAACUUUGAGGGCAGCGAGAUCCGCCUGGUGCCGACCUGCAACGCCUUCAUCACCAUGAACCCCGGAUACGCCGGCCGCUCCGAGCUGCCAGACAACCUCAAGGCACUGUUCCGCGACGUAGCCAUGAUGGUGCCCGACUACGCGAUGAUCAGCGAGAUCAUCCUGUACAGCUACGGCUACCUGGAGGCGCGCGCCAUGGCUCGCAAGCUGGUGCAGACGUACCGCCUGUGCUCGGAGCAGCUGUCAAGCCAGGACCAUUACGACUACGGCAUGCGCGCGGUCAUGUCAGUUCUGCGAGCUGCCGGCAACCUCAAGCGCGUCUUCCCGGACUCGGCGGAGGACGUGCUCAUGCUGCGCGCGAUCAACGACGUCAACCUGCCCAAGUUCCUGGACCAAGACGUGCCGCUAUUUAACGGCAUUCUGUCGGAUUUGUUCCCGGGUGUGGAGCUUCCGGUUGUGGAUUACGACAACCUGGUGGCCGCGAUCAAGGAAAACUGCGUCAAGAGCAACCUGCAGCCGCUGGACAGCUUCAUCGUCAAGAUCAUCCAGCUGUACGAGAUGAUCAUUGUGCGCCACGGCCUGAUGCUGGUGGGCUACAGCUACGGUAUGAAGACCGCCGCCUAUCGCGUCCUCGCGGCGGCGCUGUCUGACCUGCAUGCCAAGGGCCUCAACAAGGAGUUCCACACCAAGUACUACGUGCUCAACCCCAAGUCCAUCACGAUGGGCCAGCUGUACGGCGCGGAGGACCCCGUGUCCAAGGAGUGGACAGACGGCGUGCUGGCAGUGGUGUUCCGCAGCACGGCGCGCGACACCUCGCCCGACCGCAAGUGGGUCAUCUUUGACGGCCCGGUGGACGCCAUCUGGAUUGAAAACAUGAACACGGUGCUGGACGACAACAAGAAGCUGUGCCUCAACAGCGGCGAGAUCAUUGCCAUGCAGGGUCUCAUGAACAUGAUCUUCGAGGUGCAGGACCUGGCGGUGGCCUCGCCCGCCACCGUGUCGCGCUGCGGCAUGGUGUACGUGCAGCCCGCGCUGCUGGGCUGGCGGCCGGUGAUGCUGUCCUGGCUCAACACGCUGCCGGCCGCCUUCGGGCCCGCGCUGCGGCAGCAGCUCACCAACCUGUUCGACUGGCUGGUGCCGCCCAUGCUGAGAGUGGCGCUGAAACUGGUGCGCAGCCCGCAGCCCAUGCAGGACAUCAACCUUGUGGCCUCGCUCAUGCGGCUGCUCGAGUGCCACCUGGACGAGUACAGGUCCGACCUGCCGGCGGACGCGCCGCCGCCGGUGGUGAACAUCAAGGAGCUCACGGACCCGCAGCAGGCCUCGCUGCUGCAGGGCUGCUUCCUGUUCUCGCUGGUGUGGAGCCUGGGCGCGCUAGCGGACGAGGAGGGGCGCCGCAAGGUGGACGCCAACCUGCGGAAGCUGCUGGGGCACGACCCGCUCCCCGAGGUGGCGAGCUACGUGGCGGCGGGAACGCCACACAAGGUGACCGUGCCGUUCCCCGAGGGGCGCACCGUGUACGAGUACGUGUUCGACAAGACGCGGCUCAAGUGGACGACGUGGAUGGAGACCAUCGAGUCGCGCGCGCUGGACGUGGAGGCGGAGUACACGAGCAUCAUCGUGCCCACGGUGGACACCGUGCGCUACACCUACCUGCUGGACAAGCUGGUCACCCACAACAUGCACUGCCUGUUUGUGGGCCCCACGGGCACGGGCAAGACCGCGUACGUGAAGCGGCACCUGCAGGAGGGGCUGCCGGAGCGCUUCACCAGCAUGCUCAUGACAUUCUCGGCGCAGACCAGCGCCAACAUGACACAGGACAUCAUCGAUGGCAAGCUGGACAAGCGGCGGCGCGGCAUCUACGGCCCGCCGCAGGGCAAGCGCAUGGUCAUCUUCGUGGACGAUGUCAACAUGCCCCAAGUGGAGGAGUACGGCGCGCAGCCGCCCAUCGAGCUGCUGCGCCAGUUCAUGGACCACAGCGGCUGGUACGACCGCAAGGAGCUCACCAUGCGCAAGCUGGUGGACGUGCAGUUCGUGGGCGCCAUGGGCCCCCCCGGCGGCGGCCGCAAUGCCGUCACCAACCGCUACCUGCGCCACUUCAGCGUGGUCAGCCUCACGGCCUUCGACACCGACAACCUCAGCACCAUCUUCUCCGCGCUGGUGGACUGGUGGCUGAAGAAGUACAACUACCAGGCGGGCGGUGUGGCGCGCUUCGCCAAGCCGCUGGUGGCAGCCUCGCUGGAGGUGUACGAGGCGGCGCAGCGGGAGCUGCUGCCCACGCCCGCCAAGAGCCACUACACCUUCAACUUGCGCGACGUGUCCAAGGUGUUCCAGGGCAUCACCAAGGCCGCCGGCAACGUGGAGGACGGGCUGUCCAUCACCAAGCUGUGGGUCCACGAGGUGCUCCGAGUCUUCUACGACCGCCUGGUGGACGAGUCGGACCGGCGCUGGAUGGGCGCCACGCUGGCGGGGCUCGUGGAGCGGCACUUCAAGGAGAAGAUGAGCAAGGUGCUCAACCUGGACAGCAGCGGUGACGUGGCGCCCGAGCAGAUGGUGACGGCGCUCCGCGGCCUGGUGUUCGUGGACUUCAUGGUCCCGGGCGCCGACCCGCGGGUCUACGCCGAGGUCAAGGACCCCGGGGCCAUGCAGCGCGUGGUGACCGAGUACCUGUCCGACUUCAACGCCACCUCGAAGAAGCCCAUGAACCUGGUGCUGUUCCGCUUCGCGCUGGAGCACAUUGCUCGCAUCUGCCGCAUCAUCACUAGCCCCGGCGGCAACGCGCUGCUGGUGGGCGUGGGCGGCAGCGGGCGGCAGAGCCUGACACGGCUGGCAGCGUUCAUCCAGGAGUACGAGGUGUACCAGAUUGAGAUCAGCAAGACCUACUGCAAGACCGAGUGGCACGAGGACAUCAAGAAGGUGCUGCGCAUGGCGGGCGAGUCGAACAAGCGCGUGGUGUUCCUGUUCAGCGACACGCAGAUCAAGGAGGAGGGCUUUGUGGAGGACAUCUCCAACCUGCUCAACACCUACGAGGUGCCCAACCUCAUGCAGAACAGCGACCUGGCGGCCAUCUUUGAGAACAUCCGCGCCCGCGCCAAGGUGGCAGGCAUGGAUGGCGGCCGCGACCAGCUGUACAACUUCUUCGUGCAGGAGGUGCGGCGCAACAUGCACAUCGUGCUUUCCUUCAGCCCCGUGGGCGACAGCUUCCGGGAGCGGCUGCGCAAGUUCCCCUCGCUGGUCAACUGCACCACCAUCGACUGGUUCACCAAGUGGCCCACGGACGCCCUGCACACGGUGGCGGAGAGCUUCCUGUCCAGCCUGGACGGCAUGGAGGCGGCGGUGGCGGCGCAGCUGCCCAGCCUGUGCGUCAUGUUCCACCAGAGCGUGCAGGAGCUGACGGACCGUUUCAAGUCCGAGGCGCGGCGGCACUACUACGUGACGCCCACCUCCUACCUGGAGCUGCUGCUCAGCUACAAGUCGCUGCUGGGGCGGCGGCAGAGCGAGGUCAUGACCGUGAAGCGGAGAUACGAGAUCGGCCUGGACAAGCUGCAGGUGACGGAGGAGAGCGUGACGGGCAUGAAGGAGGAGCUCAUCGCGCUGCAGCCGCAGCUGGAGGAGAGCACGCGGCAGACGGAGGCGGCCAUGGAGGUCAUCAGCAAGGAGAGCGUGGAGGCGGACAAGGUUAAGCAGGUGGUGUCCAAGGAGGAGGCGACCGCCAGCGCGGAGGCGGCCACGGUCAAGGCCAUCAAGGACGAAUGCGAGGCUGACCUGGCGGAGGCGCUGCCGCUGCUGGAGGCGGCGCUCAAGGCGCUCGACACGCUCAAGCCCGCCGACAUCACGGAGGUCAAGGGCAUGAAGAGCCCGCCCGCGGGCGUGCGCCGCGUGCUGGAGGCCAUCUGCAUCAUGAAGGGCGUGAAGCCGGCCCGCGUUAAGGACACGGCGUCAGGCCGCAUGGUGGACGACUACUGGGAGGCCUCCAAGAAGAUGCUCAUGGAGUUUGACUUCCUGGACUCGCUGCGCAAGUUCGACAAGGACCACAUCCCGCCCGAGGUCAUCGUCAAGAUCCGGCCCUUCGCGCAGGACCCCGAGUUCCAGCCCAAGGUCAUCGAGAAGCAAUCCGUGGCCUGCGCCGGCCUGUGCUCGUGGGUGAUCGCGCUGGAGAAGUACGACAAGGUCAUUAAGGAGGUGGAGCCCAAGCGCCAGAAGCUGCGAGAAGCCGAGGCGCAGCUGGAGGUGGUGAUGGCGGCGCUGCGCGCCAAGCAGGCGGAGCUCAAGGUGGUCAUGGACAAGCUGUCGCGCCUGGACGCCGACCUGCAGGAGAAGAAGCGGCGCAAGGAGAAGCUGGAGCACGACGUGCACAUGUGCACCGUCAAAUUAGAGCGCGCAGAAAAGCUCAUCAGCGGGCUGGGCGGCGAGAAGACGCGCUGGACGGCGGCGGCGCGAUCCCUGGGCGAGCAGUACGUCAGGCUGACGGGUGACGUACUUUUGGCGGCGGGGCAGAUUGCCUAUUUAGGCCCCUUCACUGCGCUGUACCGCUCCAGCGCGUUGGGGCAGUGGGUGCAGGAGUGCCAGCGGCGCGGCGUGCCGUGCGCCGACCGCUUCAAGCUGGAGACGGUGCUGGGCGACCCGGUCAAGAUCCGGCAGUGGAACAUCUGGGGCCUGCCCAAGGACGACUUCAGCUCCGAGAACAGCAUCGCGGUGGACCAGGGCCGGCGCUGGCCGCUGUGCAUUGACCCGCAGGGGCUGGCAAACAAAUGGAUCCGCAACAUGGAGAAGGAGGCCGGGCUGCAGGUCAUCAAGCUCAGCGACGCCAAUUACCUGCGAACGCUGGAGAACGCCAUCCAGUUCGGCAAGCCGGUGCUGCUGGAGAACGUGAUGGAGAGCCUGGACGCAUCGCUGGAGCCGCUGCUGCAGAAGCAGACGUUCAAGCAGGGCGGCGCGCUGUGCAUCCGGCUGGGCGACUCCACGGUGGAGUACUCGGACGACUUCAAGUUCUACAUGACCACCAAGCUGCGCAACCCGCACUACACGCCCGAGCUGUGCACCAAGGUGUCGCUGCUCAACUUCAUGACCACGCCCGAGGGGCUGGAGGAUCAGCUGCUGGGUAUUGUGGUGGCCAAGGAGCGGCCCGACCUGGAGGAGGAGAAGAACAAGCUCAUCCUAGUGGGCGCGGAGAACAAGAAGAAGCUCAAGGAGAUCGAGGACGAGAUCCUGCGAGUGCUCAGCAGCAGCGAGGGCAACAUCCUGGAGGACGAGGAGGCGGUCAACAUCCUGCAGUCCUCCAAGGUGCUGUCGGACGAGAUCAGCGAGAAGCAAAAGGUGGCGGACGUGACGGAGGCAAAGAUCGACGAGGCGCGCGCCGGCUACAAGCCUGUUGCACACCACUCAUCGCUGCUCUACUUCUGCGUAACCGACAUGGCCAACAUCGAUCCCAUGUAUCAAUACUCGCUGCGAUGGUUUGUGGAUUUAUUCGUUCGCGCCAUCGCCGACAGCCAGCGAAGCGACGACCUGGAGGAUCGCCUGCAGCUUCUCAACAGCUACUUCACCUUUUUCUUGUAUCAGAAUGUGUGCCGCUCGCUGUUCGAGAAGGACAAGCUGCUCUUUGCGUUCGUGCUGGCCAGCAAGUUGCAGAUGGACGAGCACAAGAUGCUGUCGGAGGAGCUGAGGUUCAUGCUCACGGGAGGCGUGGCGAUGGGCGACCUGCCGCUGCCCAACCCCGCGCCCGAGUGGAUCAGCGAGCGCAUGUGGGGCGAGGUGUGUCGCGCCUCGGCGCUGGGCGCCUCCGACACGUGGGCGGACCUGGCGGAGCACGUGGCCGCCAACACGGAGGCGUGGAAGCGGAUCUACGACUCCCUGGAGCCGCACACCGAGCAGCUGCCGGAGCCGUGGCACUCGCGCCUGGACGCCUUCCAGCGCAUCAUUGUGCUGCGCACGCUGAGGCCCGACAAGCUGAUCCCGGCGCUGACGCUGUUUGUGGCUGACACCAUGGGCAAGCGCUUCGUGGAGCCCAUGCCCUUCGCCAUCGAGCCCUCCUUCAACGACUCCGUGGCUACCUCGCCGCUCAUCUUCGUGCUGUCGCCGGGCUCCGACCCCAUGGCCUCGCUGCAGAUGUUCGCGGAUGACAAGGCCAUCAAGAUGGAGAGCGUCAGCCUGGGGCAGGGGCAGGGCCCCAUCGCACAACGCCUGGUGGAGGCGGGCAUGGCGGAGGGCUACUGGGUGGUGCUGCAGAACUGCCACCUGGCCAAGAGCUUCCUGCCGGCGCUGGAGCUCAUGUGCGAGACUCAGCUGGUGGAGGGCAAGGUGCAUCGCAACUUCCGGCUGUGGCUCACCUCCUACCCCUCGCCCAUCUUCCCCAUCUCCAUCCUGGAGAACGGCGUCAAGAUGACCAAUGAGGCGCCCAAGGGCCUGCGCGCCGGCCUGCUGCGUACCUACAUGUCCGACCCCAUCUCCAACGCCGACUUCUUCACCGGCUGCUCAAAGGACGCCGAGUUCCGGUCCAUGCUGUUCGGGCUGGCGUUCUUCCACUCCAUCGUGCAGGAACGGCGCAAGUUCGGCCCCAUCGGUUGGAACAUUCCGUACGAGUUCAACGAGAACGACCUGCGCAUCAGCGUGCGGCAGCUGCGCAUGUUCCUGGACGAGUACCCCGAGAUCCCGUACGACACGCUGUCGUACACCGCCGGCGAGUGCAACUACGGCGGCAAGGUGACUGACUCACACGACCGACACACACUGAUGACGGUUCUGGCCACCUACUACACCCACACCAUCCACGAGCCCGGCUACCGCUUCUCCACCUCCGGCACCUACUACCCGCCCGCCUACACCAGCUACAAGGGCUACAUGGAGUACAUCAACGGACUGCCGCUGAUCUCGCAGCCCGAGGUGUUUGGGCUGCACGAGAACGCCGACAUCACCAAGGACCUGCAGGAGACGAACCUGCUGCUGGACAGUCUGAUGCUGACUCAGAGCCGCGAGGCCUCCGGCGGCGCGGCGUCGUUUGAGGCCACGGUGGGCGAGGUGGCGGGCGAGGUGCUGGAGCGGCUGCCGCCCAAUUUCGACAUCGAGGCUGUGGAGCGGCGCUACCCGCAGGACUACUACAACUCCAUGAACACCGUGCUGGCACAGGAGCUGGGCCGCUUCAACACGCUGCUAAGCGUGGUGCGGAGCAGCCUGCAGAACCUGGGCAAGGCGGUGAAGGGCCUGGCGCUCAUGAGUGCGGAGCUGGACGGCAUCGGCCGAGCGCUGUACGACGGCAAGGUGCCCGCGGCGUGGCUGAAGAAGUCCUUCCCCAGCCUCAAGCCGCUGGGCGCGUACGUCAAAGAGGUGCUGGAGCGCGUGGCGUUCUUCCAGUCCUGGGUGGAGGACGGCGCGCCCACCGUCUACUGGAUCAGCGGCUUCUUCUUCACGCAGGCCUUCCUCACCGGCGCCAAGCAGAACUACGCGCGCAAGUGCCGCAUCCCCAUCGACCACAUCGACUUUGACUUUGAGGUGCGCGACGGCGCCGGCGACGUGGACGCGCCGCCCGAGGACGGCGUGUACUGCGCCGGUCUGUUCCUGGAGGGCUGUCGUUGGAGCUCCGACCUUCACGAGCUGGAUGAGAGCGAGCCCAAGGUGCUGUUCACGCCGCUGCCGCCCAUCUGGAUGGUGCCGCGCGAGAUCGCCAAGUUCUCCAGCUUCCCGCACUACCUGUGCCCCAUGUACAAGACCACCGAGCGGCGCGGCGUGCUGUCCACCACCGGCCACUCCACCAACUUCGUGCUGGAUGUGAAGCUGGCGUCCAGCAAGGACCCCGCGCACUGGACCAAGCGCGGCGUGGCCCUCAUCACAUCGCUCAACGAUUGAGGAGUGGGCGAGUGGGCUGUGCUGGUGUGUCGGUGUGAUGGUGUGUGAUGGUGUGUGUGUGUGUGUGUGUGUGUGUGUGUGUGUGUGUAUGUGUGUUUGUGCUGGUGUAGGUGUGCACGUAUGGUCAUGAUUGUUGAGAGCGGAUGCAGCUAAUGCAGCAUGCAUCAGCGGGGAUAGAUGGAAGCAGCCGCCGCGGCCGCAGAGGGCAGCGCGAGGGCUGUGUUUGGCGGCGGAAGGCGGGGCGGGUGGGUGUCCGCGCUGGACGUGCAGAAUGUGACUGUGUGCGGUUUGUGUCGGUGACGGCGCCAAGCGGCUACUGCCAAAUGGGAUAAGGGCCCUGUGCUCGGGUUUUGGGCGGGUGCCCAGCAACACGUGGGACGGAACGGCAUUUGCAGAGGUUUGGCUGCCUCAUUGGGAGUCAGCAGACCCUGCAACUAUGGGGGCUGCGCUGGGAGCAACACACUGCUGGGGGGAAUGCAGCUGAGGCUUGGCCGGGCUGACGCGUGCGAAACAGUGUGGUGGUUCGUGCUUUCCACAAGUUGGUAUGACUGCCUGUGACCUGAUGGUGUUGGCCACGACGACUGUACGUGAUUCCAAGAUGACUAGAGGCUCAUGUGAAUUGACAGCGCAAGGGAAAUGCGGCAUGAAUGGGUUCAGGUUUGCGGGUAGUAGGAGAUUGAAAGAGCAGAAUGCGCUCGGGAACGGCGUUUCAGGGCAUACCGCAUUCGUACAACGUCGUCCAUAAUGCAUGCUUGUAAACCUGGCGCCUG